AUGCCUCCAAAAGAAGUGAAAAAGAAAAGUGCACGCGAUCGAGCAGCAUUACUUGAACAAAUUAAUAUUCCACAAUUAACAGAAACUUUAUUUGAUAUAUCUUAUCAUGGAAAUCUUCCAAAUUUAACAGAAAUUUUAACAAUACCAACAAAAAAUAUAGAAAAUCUUCGUUAUGAAGCUAUACAACAAAAUAAUUUAUUACAAGUAAGAAACGAACAAGCAAGAACAUGUCUUGAUCUUGCUGCUAUGCUUGGUCAUCAUGAAGCUGUCAAAUUAUUAGCAGAAAGAGGUGCAACAAUGAUGACUAAUGGAAUUAAUUUAACUAAUGGAAUGGGAUAUUCAAGUUUACAUCUUGCUUGUGUAUGGAAUCAAUUAGAAUCUGUUAAAUAUAUAAUUACAGCUGGCGGUGAUAUUGAACAAAAGACUGUUCAUGGAGAAAAACCAAUUGAUAUUGCUAGACGAUAUCAUCAUAAUGAUUUAGUUGAUUAUCUAGAAUGGAUUGCUAUACGCAAUACAUUUACACGUAUUAUCAAUGGUGCAAAAGAUUUCGUUGCUGAUCCAACAAAAAAUAUGAAUAAAUUAAAUAAAGAUGAGAAGAAAAAAAUGGAAAAAUAUAUUAAUGAUGCAUUAAAAUGGUCUGAUGAAAAUCAAAAUAAUUCUAAUGCACGUGAAUUAUUUGCAAAUAAAAGUAAAGAAGCUGAAGAGUUUUUUGCUCCUUUUUAUGCAAAUGCUCAAUCGGAAAUGGAUUUGAAUAAUGCCAAUAUAAGUAAUGCAACUCGACCACAAUUAGGGACACCCAAAAGUGGAAGAAAAUAA